CACACACACGCACACACACAUGAACAUACACGACACGAGCGGCAGGUGUCAACUGAACACACCCUGAGACUUCAGCGCAGGUAUGCAGGUGUGUUUCAACAGUACUUCGCAUGUUGAACUGUGCCACACUCGGACUGUAUAGCUGUAGCUGAGAGGGCUCAGUAUUACGGCUCAAGUCCUCUUGGUGACGCUCUGCUGACAUCACUGAUAUUCCCCACUCAGCUCCUCGCAUCAGACACACGGAGCUCCGCCGACUCUCUCUCUCUCUCUCUCCCUCUCUCUCUCACACACACACACUCUCCGUCCACACUUUGUUUCCCUGUAGCUCCGCUCGUCUUGACCAACACGCACCAUCACACACACAGAAGCCAGCUGCGGGCUACCUGUGCGCACUGCGGCCGGCCCACACUGGGAGGGGUUUGACUCUUCCAGUCAUUAACACGUUCAGAGGAGGACUGAGAGAAACUGUCCAGACUGAAGAGAGGGACAAACACGCAGACACAGAAGGGGGAAAGAAAAGCCGCAACUUGGCUCGUUUCAACCCGGCUCGCGUGAACUGAACUCGGAAGUUUCUCGGCUGAUCGGGAGAAGGAAUAAUUUGGAGCCCGGUUACCCCACAUAGCGCUGUUGUGGAUAUUUACGUCCACCUUGUCUCCUGUUUAGAAGAAUGGCGAGAGAUUACGCAGCGCGCUGCCCGGUCUCUCCGGUGAGAAACACUUGGCUGGUGGCGGCAGCGAUCCUCCUCGCGGCUCAAGGUAACAGAGCUCAGAAAGUGCGAGUCGAGGAGGAGCUGGAGGCGUAUCCUACAGAGUCAGUUGAGCUCCGCUGCCAAUUCAUUGACGGAGGAGGCCGGACCAAACUCACACAGGUGUCUUGGAUAUGGGAACCCAUUGAUGGUCAGAGGGACAACAUCGCUGUAUUCCACCCCGUCUAUGGACAGAGUUUCCCCAACUUGUCCUUCAAAGACCGAGUUGUCUUCCUCCACAACACCCUGGAGAACCCGUCCAUUAGGAUUUCUGACCUCAGAAUGUCUGAUGCCGGCCGCUAUACUUGCGAGUAUGCCACCUACCCUUCUGGAAAUGAACAAGGGACCACCACCCUUAUCAUGCUUGCCAAGCCCAAGAACUCGGCCAACGUGGUGACCGUCCAGGCCGGCACCAAGUCAGUGGUGGUGGCCCAGUGCGAGGCAGCGGACGGCAAACCGGCAGCCACCAUCAAGUGGCUGGCGUCGGUCGGGGGAAACCACUCGACCAGCACCACGAAUGGGCCGGACGGCACAGUAACGGUACGCAGUGAGUAUCGGUUGGUUCCCACACCGGCGGACAACGGCAGGGAAGUGACAUGCAUGGUGGAGCAGAGGACACAGGACCGGCCGUGGGUCCACCCUGUCAAGCUCUCUGUGGAGUACCCCCCAUCUGUGUCCAUAGAGGGAUACGACAACAACUGGUACGUCGGCCGCUCCGACGCCGUGCUCCUCUGCACGGCCAACGCCAACCCCGCGCCCACCACCGUCACCUGGACCGCGGUGUCCGGUCCUUUGCCAGACACGGUGGUUGUGGACGGCAACAAGCUGACAGUGAGGAAGGUGGACGACGCCGUCAACACCACCUUCAUCUGCGAGGUCGAGAACAAGCACGGGACCAGCAAGCACCAGAUCACCACCAUCGUCAACGAAGAGAGGCAACAGAUCACCCCAGGCCCACCGACCGGUGCUGUUAUCGGCGGUAUUCUCGGUGCCCUCGCCUUUAUCGGCAUCAUCAUCGGCAUCAUCUUCUUCAUCCGCAAACGCCAGGAGGACGGAGAGGGCCCACCCAAGCACAAGCCCCCUCCCCCUGUGAAGGCAGGCAGCUCGACAGAGAUGCUGAACAAGCCAUCAGAGCCUCCCACAGCCACAGAGACAGCACCUCUCAGUCCAGGAGAGGUUUACUACGAGCCCACCGGGAGAGAGCCUGUCACGAACCUGGAUGACGAGACCACUGGAGCCCUGAAUGGCGGCGCCCAGCCAGUCCUGGAUGACUCGGCCAAAUACGGCAACAUCAAUGAGCUCAAAGAACAUGCCACUGAUGGUCACCACGGCAACGACAUGGAAUCAUCCAGUCACGAGCCACCGGCUGCCAACAUCUCUCGCGGCGAGAGCUUUGUAUCUCCCGCCAUGUAUGUGUAGCCACAGCAACCGCAGAUCAUCGCAGGCAUAUGGGCAAGUUCCAGGUCACCUAAAUUUGCAUGAAAAGCAAAGGCGAGCACACUUGUUGCCACAUUAGAGAAAAACAUUGUAUUGUACAUUCAUCUUUUUGAAAAAUUUAAACAGUUUUAAGCUGCGCACCAUGAUGUUUUGCAUUUGAUUUUAUUUUUCUUUACCGGGCACAUUUAGGAGUUUUAGGUUUCCACAUAUCCCAAUGAAAACUGUUUUAGCGGUGUUUUAAUUUUCAAGUGGAACUAUUGAGGAGCAGGCAUGUUAAUAAGGGUGACAAGCUUUUGUUUAUCAUCAGCAUUACAUUCCAAAUAUCUGGUGAAGAAAAACAAAAAUAAAAUACAAAAUAUCAAAGUUUUAAGAGCAAAGUUUGAGAUGCACACACCUAUGAUAUCUGCAAAGCCUGAUAGCCAGUGAAGUCAUAUGUGCAUUGCGUAUGAUGAGGUGGGCUUUUACAAUGUGUUAAUUACAUGGUUGAGAGGUGUUGCAAUGUAGGUGAACUGGAACAAUUAACACUAAAUAACUUUAAAUAACACACAGCACACUGCGUGUGUGAUGCUUGUAAAUCUAAAUAUCCACCAAAAAAAACAGCAAGACAACAAACAGCUUCUUCAAUGGAUUCAGUAAGAAAUCUUAUAUGCAACAUUUUGUGCCAUGAACAUACAGUACAACAUCCCCAUCACAAAGUUAUUGUUACAUGUGAGUCUGCCAGUCCUGGGGUCUUCUGUUUACAGCCGUGGAAAGUGAUUGAAACAUCUUUUUCCUCUCUCUGAGCACAGAUAAAACAUCAGGCUCCUCUAGCAGCCUCGUACCACAGAAAAAGUAAAAAUACUAUCCUUGAAGUCCUUUCAAAGUAUUCUUCUUCCACGGUUGGUUUGGUUUGAAUGACAUACAGCUGAAUUUGGUCCCAGGAAGUCCAAAGCCUGAUCAUUUGGCUCUGCAGGCAGCUUCAAUUAAUCACAACAGAUGUUGGAAAGUAUUUCAGUUAUUUAUCAACUCCUACAAUAACUCUGAGACCAGCCUUUCCCACUUUUGCGAAGCCGAGGCUACGGUCCAAAAAAGAAACAUUCCACUUAUGUCAAAGGACCUUAUCUGUCCCUGGGCCGCAGCAUCUGUUAGAGUUCUUGGCUGCUCGUUAGCACUAACGAAGUGGAAAUGACAUCAUUUUGAAGCUCUGUAACCUGGCAACAUUACAUGAUUAAGAUUCCAUGAUUCAUAUUUGCUGUUGUUAAUUGCAAGAGUUGGUAAGGCUGCAUAGUGGCGGAGGUGAAAUUCGGUUUACAGCAAAGCACACACACCGCAGGGUUCUUACAUCUGCACACACACACACACACACACACAUACCAAUGCUUGUAUUCAGGCCUCUAAUAAAUAACACUAUCAAGAAAACAUUACAAGUAUGUAUUGAGUAUGAACAUGUUCCGCAUAUAUUGGAAAAAUACUGCCAUUACAGCCAUUUUAACAGAUUAAAAUGGUCAUAUACUAAUAUAUGCAGAACAUUUCACAUAUGGAGAAAAUAUGCAUUUAGCUUUUUAACCGGUUGUCCGCAAGCAAACCAUGCAAACAAAAAAACAAAAAAAAGACAGAAAAACAGGUGAACAACAACUAUGCCUGGCUGAAUCAAAAAUUGGUUUUCAUAGAUGUCAGAUGGUACCAAAUGAUGAACAAACUGUAAAUAGUAUUGAUAAUAUUGAUGAAUAAUAUAUUGUUGGUGAAUUGUGUACACAUAAAAAAUAAACAAGUGUAGGUGUUAUCAGUGCCUCUGUACAGGGGAUGGAAGUUUGUUAAGUGUCAAAUUGAAUGAUCAAAAAAAAAAAAAAACAAAGUGUAUAUUACUAUUUUACUUUUCACGGGUACAUCGAGGUUGUCACUUAAUACUAAAAUGUUUUGAGUAUAUAAAAAAUGAAAUGGUGUGGAUUUUACUCCUUGUUCAUAUUACUCUGCAUGGCAUGAUCGGUGGCUUGUUGAAACACUUUCCCAAGGCUGUUUGCGGAAUAAUCUUUUUCAUUUGUAAAAGCAUUUUGAAUGUCAAAAAAGAGAGCUGUUUUUUAUCUCAGUCUCAAAGCAUCUGUCACAUUUAUGCACACCACAAGUACAAGUCCAAUUUUAAGUUGAGAGAGCAGGAUUUUUUUUCUUUUCAGCUCAGUGGGCUGCCUGUUUUUGUCUUUGGCGCUGAUCAGAAAAUGCAGUCAGCAUGGAAUAGUCAUCACUCGCAGCCACAGAGUGCAAUACACAUAGAUGCAAUCUUUCCUCUCAUCACGCUUAAUCUUGAGUUCUUGCUUGAGACCUUAAGUCACAUAAAUCUUCCCCAGUUACCUACACAAAGCACAUAGCACCCACAAAAGCACAUAUGCAGGUGGUAGAUAUACUUUAGAUUCAGUUUAACAGGUAAAAAGAUGAUUAACUGGCAGAUAGAGAUUGAAACAGGAGGAGAAAAACGGAAAAACAAAACCAGAAUGAUGUAAUAACAACAUAAUAAUAUCCAAGAGCUAAAAGAAUAGACACAGUAAGAAUACAAAUAAAUCUAUAAUCACAGCUUUGCUUUCUGCAAGGUCAGCACCAAAUGCAAUAUUUUAGUUUUUUCUGAUGUAUGACAAUCAUAUAUUAAUAUUUAACCAUCACUGGCUUUGGUGGAGAGGUUUUUUUUUUCAUUGUUGUUCAUAUAGUUGUAGUUAUGAUAGAAGUCCCACUUUUUGCUGCAUGCUUACUGAAAUACUGCUACAACUUUGUUCCAUCUCUAAAAGGGGAUUUUUAAAAUCACAGUUAUGUUUUAACUCUUUAUUAGAAUUGAAAUAAGAUAACCAAGUUAUUAUUAAUGGUUGUAAUAUUUGGUUCUCAUCCAAAGUUCACAGAAGAAUUAAUCUGCACUAUAAAAUCAGGACAGAUGCAGGAUUAAAAGGGAUUUCUAUAGUAGCUACCAGUGUAAAAGUUUCUUAUGUAUGUCUGCUUUUUGUCUCUGAGAUGUUUUUUUUUUUUUAUUAAAGGGAAUGUCUGCAUGAUGCAUGGACCUAUGGGGGAAAAAGCUAUUUCCUUGUUUUGCAAGAAGAGUUGCACCACUAUGACAAGUAUUUGGCUUUUUGGACUCACUUACAUGGUGCAGUGUCAGACAAUCAGGUACAAUGUAUUUUAUAGCCCUGCCACAGAACAUAAAGGGGAAUUAAAUGUGAUGGUUUUGCUCUUUUGUCUGUAAAUUAAUUUCCCACAAUGGAUGAAUAUUUAGUUUCCUGUGGAGUAAUGUGUUUUAUGUCUUUGCCAGCAGCCGCUGUUGAUAGCUUGAGCAAAAGGAAAAAGACAAUCAUUGGGACCCAUUAUACAAUAUCAGAGACCAAUGACUCAGCAAGCAUUCGGUAUUGAGUUUCAGCUCUGCCGUCUCAUUUAAGGGAUCAUUCAGUUUUACCCAGAGCCUUGUGUUUAAUAGAGCUGCUUCUGUGGUAUCUUGAAUUAAAAUCUUGACAUUGUCAGGAAUAUAGUCAUGAAGCUGCCUCCUAAAUUUGAAAUAUAAGCCCAGUUUACAGGCUGUAAGAUGAUGGAGGAACUACAGUGAUUUCAGAUGGACUGGCUGUUAGAUCAAGGCUCUGAGUCCAUCCCUUCUGUGAGAGAUGCAGCGUUGCAUUUCGGCCAAGGUGCUUUCCUCCGUCUCCUCGUAUCCCCUGUUACAGGUUUGAUGCCAGAAACACAAGCUGUGAAUGUCAGCGAUAAAGCUGUUCGGGCUGAAUCUGGUCCUCUCCUUCAUUUGCCACCCUUCUUUUUUUCCCUCCCCUUCUCCCUUCUCUCUCUCAUUCAACCAUUGUCAUCACCGCUUUUCAUCACAGAGCCAGACGUGCCUUCUUUAUGUUAUUUUUAGCUUUUCAAUUCUCACAUUUCUUGUCUGACAGUAGAACAGAUGAUGAAAGGGGGAAACACACAAAUACAGGAUAGGUUUGACACUGAUGAUGGCAAUGCUAAAAAACAAAACACACUGGAGAUGUAAUCAUAUUUUUGUGAGUUUUUAUCAAUUUUCUUUCAUUUUGUUUUUUGUUGUUUUUUUUUUUAAUCACAGAUCGAUUAUCAUUUUGUAUGCUUUUUGGGAAACCUAUUGUACACGUUUUACAGAUCAUUGUCUUGUCAAAUAAAAUGUCA